GAGGAGCUGCUCUCUGUCAUGACUGAGCGAUGAAGAAGGGAUUCGAGUUCAACGCCAAAUGUAGAAAACACGAAAUACAAGUUUUGGACGAUGAAAACAGCGUUUAAUUUCCAGCUUAAAGCGAAUUGCGAGCGUCCUGCGUUGAACAGUGGAUAGUGGAGUUCCUGCUCAAGUCUGACAUCCAGUGUCAGCAGCUGAUGCGUCAAAGAUGGAAACCAUACGUCUCCACUACAACUACACAGGGAAGCUGGACCACCGGCCACAUGCUGGCACAAGCACAACCAUUGUGUUCCUCAUCAUUUGCAGCUUCAUUUUCCUGGAGAACCUCACUGUUCUGGUGGCCAUUUGGAGAAACCACAGGUUCCACAACCGAAUGUACUUCUUCAUCGCCAACCUGGCACUGUGCGACCUGCUGGCUGGAGUCGCCUACCUGGUCAACGUGCUCUUGUCUGGAGAGAAGACCUUUCAGUUAUCGCCUGAGCUCUGGUUUGUCAGAGAGGGCAGCAUGUUUGUAGCACUUAGUGCUUCCAUCUUUAGUCUCUUGGCUAUUGCUAUAGAAAGACACCUGACGAUGAUCAAAAUGCGGCCCUACGAUGCCAACAAGAACUACAGAGUGUUUCUGCUCAUAGGGACCUGUUGGCUGAUUGCUAUAACUCUUGGAGCUUUACCCAUAAUAGGGUGGAACUGCUUGGACAACCUUCCAGACUGCUCCACAGUCCUUCCUCUUUACAGCAAGAAAUAUGUAGCUUUCUGCAUCACUGUUUUUAUGGUUUUGCUCUUAGCCAUGUCAGUCCUCUAUGCUCGCAUCUACAUCCUGGUUAAGUCCAGCAGUCGAAAGGUGAGUAAGCACAGCAAUUCUGAACAUGCAAUGGCCCUGCUGCGCACUGUCAUAAUUGUAGUAGGGGUCUUUAUUGCCUGCUGGUUACCCAUCUUUAUCCUGCUCCUGGUGGAUGUGGCAUGUGUGCAGCACUGCCCCAUCCUCUACAAUGCUGACUGGUUUAUUGCAGUGGCUGUGCUCAAUUCUGCCAUGAACCCAGUCAUCUACACUCUGGCCAGCCGCGAGAUGAGACGGGCCUUCUUGGGUCUGGUUUGUGGCAUUUGCUACAGGGGGAAGGCUUCUGUGAAUGGCAGCGGGCACAGGCAGUCGUUGGAGCCCAGCCGCAGCAGGAGCAAAUCGUGGAGCAGCCAAAACAACCCAAACCAGAACCAGCAGAGCUCUAGUCAGGCAGAACUGGAGAAGGGGCAGGAGAUGGACACAGGCCAGGAAGAAGUUUCAGUUGUGGGAGCUAGAAGAAGUGCGGCUCAUGACGGGAGCAAGUGAGCAACAGUAAUAAACUGAGGAAGGCUCUUUUUUGUGCUGAAGGGCCUGUGCAGAGAAGGGUAUUGUGAACAGAAAGUAAUCUGAAUUACUUAAGAUGAGGCAUUUCUUAAAUGAGGAGUGGACUUGAUGCAGUGGCUGCAGCACAGAGGUUUCAUCUUUCACCACCUUCAGCAUCUACAAUUAGGAAGCUCAUUUAAAUGUUUACACACGGACAAAUUAACCAUAAGGAACCAAUAUGCUCACCGAUUCCAUUAACUUUGCUUCUUUAUCUCCAACUAUGACCAUUUUACAGCUAAAUCGAGGAUAAACCCUUUUUUUGUUAAGAAAAUAAACACAUCAAACUUGUUUGGAGGCUAAUCGUCACAGAGCUGGAACAAAUCGUUCAUGAUAUGUUGGCAUUAGGAAAUAAGUGGUUUUCACACAAUAAUGAUCAUGAUGAUGUGUAAAUAAAUGGCAUUCUUGUGCUGGCAAGAUGUAUUUGUAACCAUAUAAGACGGCUAAAAAGUGAAAAUUUACUCAUAAUCAUAAAACUGUGCAGUUAUUACUGCAAAAACAGUGGAAUGAAGAAUGUAGACAAUUAUUGUGAUUAGAUUCUAAUUAUAUUUAUUAUUCCAUGUAUUCUUAAUUAUUAUAUUGUUUGUACUCACUUUUACUGUGCAGUUACUGUAAUCUGCAUUAGUAUACUUGAGAUAACUGAGACAGAAACAUGCUGAAAAGGAAGGAACAGCAUUACUAUAACUGUAUUAUAAUAUACCUGAUGGGGUUGUAGAGAGUAAUACUAUUGCUCUAUCUGCUGGGUAUGUUUAGUACUGCUGCAUGUUGAGUACACAGCUGUUGCACUUGCAAGUAGAACAAAGUGUUCAAAUUUAGUAUAAGCCGUAAAAGCAUGAAAAAGACAAGAGUAAAGAUUGCAGAGGCAUGUGAAUGCAGCACGGGGAAGCUAGUUACAGAAAAGCCAUAAUAUGUAAUCUAGACGCUAGAAAGAAAACAAAAAUAAACUUGUUGCUUUAAGAUACUUUCUCUGGAUAUGAAGCAGAAGAUCAAACAACUCUGAGAGGUGCAUCUGAUAUAGCUUUGAUUUGUCAAGCUUAUAUAGACGGAGCAAAACACAGUGUUGUAAUUUCUGACAGUAGGGGGACAUCAAGUAGAAAAGUCCAGCCAUAUUGUAGGUAUGCUAACAGUUGUGGACCACAUAGACCACCUUCUCUAUCCUGGCCUAAAGCUGGUUACAGGCUAAAGCCAAAAACUGGGCAAAACUGCUCAAUCUGUAAUCUAUCAACAGGUUACUGUACAUACUUUAAAACAUUAAAUAUGAAUAUAUAUAUAUAUAUAUAUAUAUAUAUAUAUAUAUACACACACACACACACGUGUGUAUGUGUGUGCGUGUGUGUUUGGUAGAUCAAAUCAUUAAUCUCUACCACUUAGUUUGGGCAUGUAAUAUCAUAAAUAAGUGCUUGUUAUCCCAUUACUGUUUCAAGUUUUGACAAUUUAAUCAUUGUUAUUAUACUAUUAAUUGUUAUCUCAACCAGUUGUUAACAACAGUGAUUCUUAUUAUUGUCUAAAGGAAAUGAAAAAAUGCAAAGAAAAAUUUCCCAUCGUUUUUUUCUUAGUGUGGACAUUAAAGGAUUAAGUCAUUAUGAUCAAAACCACAGCCGUGUCAAUUAUAAUGGUGCUGACGUGAUCACUGGUGUAAAGAGAGACAUGCAGAAGAUGAUGAGCAAAUAGCAGCCUUUUGAGGGUUAUUCAUUUCCUGCCACUGUUUCUAUGAACUGUUCUGAGAAUACGCUCAAUCUUUAGCAUGAAUCAAGAGAUGUACCAAAGUUACAAAAUAAAUGAGGACAGAGGUGGAUGGAGUUAGGUCCCAGAAUGUGGAGAUAUAGGAUCACCACUGGCUCCUGGAUCUCAUUCCAAUAUGUCUGUUUAUCAAUCAGGUGCCAGUCUGAGACUGAUACACGUCUGGCAGCAUUUCAACCUCAAAAGAAGAGUUGAUACUAACAGAAGACUGCAGGGGAUUUUGCCAUUUUUGGAGGACACUACCAACACAUUAGGUGUGUUUCUUAUUCCACAGAAACAUGAUCGUUACAGGUUAUGCUGCAUUAUAAAGGUGACUAAUCAGGCUUUCCAGUUAUGUAUACAACAACAUCAACUGGUAUUAUUAAAGGAAAGAAAUAGUCAACCAAACACACACUUCCUUCCUUUUUGUGCUAAGUUUAGAAACAAGGUUACUGUGUAUAAUAAUGCUGUUUUCGGUCUUUAUUGCAAUUGUAUUUUCUUGUUUUAACAGAGUGAUCUGUGGAUGAUCCAGAGCAGCAAGGAUUUUGUUUACAGAAUUAUUGAGUUUUUAUUUGCAUGCUACAAACAAUUCAGUUCACCAUCUUGAUAUAGAGGGGAAGAUAUCUCACAGACAGCAAAAUGCUUUAACAGAAACUAAAGAAAAAAACAAGGAAAUUAAGAUGAGUGUGUAAAAACUGCAGGUGGCAUAAAAUGAGAGUAUUACAGCACUGAGAGCAGAAAUUAUACACAUUCACAAUUUUAUUGCCAACAGUCACACGGAAUAAUGAUAAACCCAUACAACCAAAAGAUUAAAUCUGUAAACAUCAUUUGGACUUUUUUUUUAAUUUCCUUUUUUCACUUUAUUUGUCCCAAAAUAGUGAGUUUCAAUGUGAUUCCCUCUGACAAAGAUUUAUAUUUAUAAUCUGGAAAUUAUACAUUUAGAAUAUAUAAUAAUAGAGAGGGAGGAAGGGCGGGAAAGAGACAAAGAUAUAGAGAGAAAACAGUAGUUUCAAGCAGCAACACGCAGCAGGGCAAAACACAACCUCAAGUGAACAGGCAUGCCCCAUUGAAGAUCAGCUAUUGCACUAAGACAAAGAAAGAAAGAAAGAAAGAAAGAAAGAAAGAAAGAAAGAAAGAAAGAAAGAAAGAAAGAAAGAAAGAAAGAAAGAAAGAAAGAAAGAAA